AUGUCCGUCAGCUCCGUCCCGCGUGAAGACUCGCAAGGGCCGCAGCGUGUCAGUGUGUCGCCGCUAGCAACCCCCAACAUGUCUCCUGCUGCCACGCAGCCACCGCAGCAGCAACCCGUGAAAGCGGCUGCGAUGAUGACCUCGCCAAUUAUGAACGGCGUUACAACGCCACGGUUGCUCUUCACGUGGGACCCGUACCGCAACGUCUCUUCCUCGCCCGGCAACACAAGCGCCGUCGCUGGCGGGGCCGCUGCUAAGCCGCCGGAGGAGGAGGUGGUCGAAGAAGUACGCCUGGCGUCCAGCAUCGACGGCUGCUCUACAACGUCGUCAGUGAACAACACCAACACUGGCGCCGAAACCUCUGCCGGGGUGACCAGUGCGGCUCGUGGCACCAGCAACUCUACGGCCCCGUCUUCUGCCGCCACCCCCGGCGGUGCACGGCCCCCGCUGACCAUUUCGGCACUGCUCGGCGGAGCGGGCUACCCCAACCGAGGCUCGCCGCAGCUCUCGGCGACGACGGUGUCGCUGUCUCAGCAGCAGCAGAUGCUGCACCAGAGUCCAAAAAGCGACGUCUGUGUUGCGCCAGGCUCUUCCCACUCCACUCCGUCUGCUCCGGUGCUGAAGCGCAUCUCCACCUCCGCGAAGGACGGCCGGCAGUACUUCCUGGACUACUCAUCGAGCCCUGCCUCCAACAGUGGCGCCCCUGCUUCUCUUGCGACUGGUGGCAUGCCCAACUUGAUGCUGCCACCAAACAUGUCACCCAUGGCUACCGUAACAUCACCAUCUGCGCCAGCGCCGUCACAGAAGCGGCACCAGCCGCCUGGCGGGAUGGAGUUACUCGACUUGGACGGAAGCAGCAGCACCAACAUCAGCCCACAAGCGGUGCCACUCAUGUCGCCCCCGCGCAGCAGCAGCAGCAACGCAGGCUCGUACCUGAGCUACGGCGCUGCUGCUGCCGCGAAUAGUCACAGCAUCCUCUCAGCUACUCCACUGCCGCCGAUGAGUAGCAUGGCGCAGCACAACCCUUACCGCACCCCGCCCAUCUUCUAUGCGGCGGCGCACAGCACGUCGCCGGCCGUGCAGCAGCAACAGCAGCAGCAGCAGCACGUGUUGCACCGCCAGGACAUCGAUGACAACGACGUCGAUCUCGUGUACGCCCUCGAGUCGGACCCGUCUGCCUUUAUAGUACGCCUGCUUCCGCCACCGCCGCCGCUGCCGGAGCUGGCGCGCGUUCUCACCGUGCCUGGAGUGGUGCAGUCAUUAUGUGCGCGGUGGUGCACGUACGUUGCUGCGGUACUCAAGUCCGAUGCCUUCGCGGCCAUCACAGCCGCCCCACCACCGCCGCCAUCGUCUGUAACGAUGAGCCGGGAAGGGAGCAACGGCAGCACCAAAGAGGAGCUCGCCGCGUGGUACGAGACGGCGGUGGACUGGUGGGAAAAGCUUGACCAGGAGGGCACCGGGGCUAUAGACGUGCGAGCCAAGUCGCGGACGGUCGCAGCGGCAGUCGAGGUGGUUGCCAGCGGUCGGUCACGUAGGCAGCCGUCGCAAAACACAAGCGGCAGCGCUAACGGGGGACGCUACAACCCACAAGGUGGCGUAGGUGCGAGCGGGUACCGUGGUCGCGGCGGGCGCGGCGGGGGCGGCUAUCACGCCGGCAUGGGUACCUACGGAUACGCCGCCAGCACCACUGCUCAUCGCGGCGGUGCCCACCCUCGUGGCGGCGCUGCUGCAGCUGCAGCUGCUGUUGGAGGCAUGGCGACGGGCGCUCACAGCACAGGUGCCGCCGCGACCGGCUACCGUGGCGGACGGGGCAGUGGUGGUGGUGGUGGUGGUGGUGGUUCGGGCUACAGCUACGACGCCACCAUGUCGGGAGGUGAUAAUCAGCACGACAUUCCCGACGAGGUGGACCCGGCCAUGCACUGCAACACCGCUUACUACCCGUCCUCGAACUUCAACCCGUACGCGGAGAGUUGGCAUUUCAGCGGCACUACUGGCAUGGCGACGGGCGCGCAGCAGCAGCAGCAGCAGCAGCGCGGUUACGGCGCCAUGAACAUGUAA